CAUAGAUCCCUUAUUCCCAUUUCCCAUUCCGGAUCUCUCUAUGCAACCAUCCCUCCCUUUUUAAUCCCCUCCCCAAACUCCAUUAUCGCUACAGAAAACUCAAGACCCAGUGGACCCAACAACCUAAACCAAGCUUUAAUCAUCUAUCCGCCAUGUUAAUCAAUUACCCAGACAACAAAACCCAGAAAUGCCGGGACUACAUCCAAGCUUUGGAGGAAGAGCGCCGCAAGAUUCAGGUCUUCCGCCGGGAACUCCCUCUUUGUCUCGACCUCGUCACCCAAGCAAUUGAGUCGUAUAAGCAGCAGUUGUCGGGGACGACGACGGAGUAUAACCUCAACGGCCAAUCGGAGUGUUCGGAGCAGACCACUAGCGCCGCUCCGGUUUUGGAACAAUUUAUUCCGAUGAAGAGCGCCCAGGAAGACGACGACGAAGAUUACGAGGAACAAUCUCGUAAAUCCGAUAACGAUGAUGAUGAUCAUGAUGAUUGUGUUAACAAAAACAAUGAUAAUAAUAAUUCGGAAAAAUCGGACUGGCUUAGAUCUGUUCAGCUUUGGAACCAAUUCCCAGAUCCAACUCCUAAAGAGGAAUCGCCGGAGGAGGUGAAGAGAAACGGGAGUGGCGGAGCGUUCCAACCAUUCAAGAAAGAAAAAAGCGGUGCUGCUGCGGCGGCGCAACCGCCAACGGCCGCCAGCUCAACCGCCGAGACGGGCAGAAGUAAGAAAGAAGAUAAGGAGUCUCAAAGAAAGCAAAGGCGGUGCUGGUCGCCGGAAUUGCAUAAGCGGUUCUUGCAAGCCCUCCAACAGCUUGGCGGCUCACACGCGGCUACUCCUAAACAAAUUAGAGAAAUGAUGAAGGUGGAUGGACUUACAAAUGAUGAAGUUAAAAGCCAUUUACAGAAAUAUCGGUUGCAUACAAGAAGGCCAAGUCCAUCGAACCGCAAUAAUAGCAUCCAACAACAAGCAGCCCCACAGUUCGUGGUGGUGGGUGGGAUAUGGGUGCCUCCGGCGGAAUACGCCGCCAUGGCUGCGGCGCCGGCACCGGCGGAAUCAAAGGAAGCUACCACCUCUAACGGGAUAUAUGCACCCGUGGCAUCCUUACCACCCUCCUCCGCCUUCCAAGGUCCAUCAGCGUUGAACAGAAGGGCGUGCGGCUUCCAUGAAAGGGGCAGCCAAAGCAACGACGGCCGCGUGCACUCCAACUCUCCGGCCACCUCCUCCUCGACCCACACCACCACGGCGUCGCCACCAUACUAACUCCGAUCCAACCUUUUUCUUUCGAGUGAUUCCCCUAUAAGACUGUCUCACGAAUCUUUAUUCGUCAGAUGGGUUGUGUCGAAAUUGAAAAAUAUAAUACUUAUAUUGAAAAUUUAAUACUAAUUAGGAAUAAAGUAUCCCUUAUUUAGGUACUUUAUUUCUAGUAUUUUUUAAUAUAAGUAUUCUAUUUUCAUUUUGACCCGACCCGUAUCACGGACAAGGAUUCAUGAGAUGGUUGCAUACAAGUUUUUAACUUUUGGUGUGUGAGAUAGAAGGAUAGAUAUUUUUGUAAUCAAGUCGUAUUGUAUUAGUUGUAAUAUUUUUGUUCUUAGUAUUAUUAUAGAAAUUA